AUGCUUCGGACCCGCCUGCUGCUCAACUGCACCAAUUUGCUGACAAUCAUCUCCAUGUACUUAUCUGUCUCCAAGACUGAGGCCAAGCGCGUUCCAAAGGUCAGCUAUGUGACAGCGCUGAACCUGUGGAUGUUCGUCACCGUGGCCUUCUGCUUCAGCUCCGUGCUGCUGGUGAUCCUCGACAUCCGGCUCGUGGUGCUGCUGACCAAUCCGGGCCGCAAGCUCGAGACGCUGCUCGACUUCGUCCGACCCAAGAACACGCCCGAGCCGAGCGUCCAGCUCUAUCUGGAGGACGAGGACGAGGAGGGGGACGAGUUCGCGGACGCGUCGGACGUCACGCCCGAACUGAGCGGCGCAGAGCUCACCGAGCAGCAGCUGCGCGUGCGUGUCGCCGAAAAACGCGUCGAGUGGCUGGCUAGGACGGCUGGCUUCGAGCAGGUCUACCUGGUUGGCUAUCCUGUGCUGUUCGUUCUCUUCCUUCUUGCCUACUUCGGACACUUCUUGUCGCAGCGGAAAGCCAAAAUGACGAGCCUGAUGUCGGCGUCGCAGUCAAAUGACACGCUGUACCCGGGCUGCUAUUGUUUGCUGGAGGACUUCGACAAGGGCUGCAUGACGGAGCAGGACUACAUUGACAAUCAGCUGACGUGA